AUUUGCACAUUAGUCUGAGAGAAGCACGCGAGCGGAGCUGAGGCCGAAUCCGCGUCCGUCGUCGUCGCGAGAAAUUCUGUGUAUUGUAGAGGUGAAAUCUCUCGCAAUAAAAAAGAACGAGUCUUUUCGUCCCAUUUUUGGGCACUUUAAACGGGGGGCCCGUCGGAGAUCCGUUUUUUUUUGGAAAAUGUUUGUGAAUUCGUGAAUUUCACAAGUCGAGUGCGAGUUUUUCCCUAGUUUCGUGUGGGAUUCAUGCUUGCGUGCGUGAAAUUCCCGUGUUUUUGUGCUGUGUGAUCCUUCGCCGAGAGCGCCAUCAUUGCAGCCAAAGUUGAAGGCAAACUCGGAUCGGAUCGAAGUGUUCAGCAAAUACCUAUGGAUACGUGAUUCCACGCGUACACACGCAGCGUCGUCGUCGUCGUCGAUCGUUCAUCGUCGUCGAAUGGUCGCCAAAGGGAAAAUGGCAAUUAUUCUGCGUGGCGUCGAAUAGGUUGACGGAUGUGUGUAUAAAUGAGGCAGAAAUGAAAAUGAAUGAAAUAUCAAAUUUCAAUCAAGCUGCUGCCAACAGAGGCAGUCGUGCCAGUGUAUUGUCCACCGUGUAGUGUCUGUUGUCUCCUCUCAUUCUCUCACCCUCUUCAACUCGCUCACAUCAUCGGUGCGAGGCGACAGAGUGCGAAAAUAAAGAAAAGAAAGCAAAGCGGAGAAAAAAAAAAUAAAUAAAAAAUAGUGAAACAAUGAGUGCGAUUACGAGCAAAAUGAAGAAAAGUGAAAAUGUUUUAAAUGGAAUUUACCAGUUGGAUCAUUUCUGCGAGGAAAAUUUGUACAGCUAGCUAUUUGUUAGGCGUAAAUAGUGAGAGAAUCCCCCAAACCCCCUCUCUCACCACCAGUCCAGCCAAGUCGCUGUGUGUGUUUUAGUAUGUGUGUGUAUGUGUCAGGUCAGGUGUAGAUCGCACGCCUCUGUUCUGCUUCUACAACUCUGAGCGCCUAUGUUUUGUACCGUCUUCUAUUCCGAUGUUUUCUUGUCGUAACGACAAGUCUUGCUGAAAAAAAAAAGAGUCACCAAAAGGAAGGCGAAGGAAAAUCUGGAAGAUCAAAGGAAGAAAAAAGGGAGAAAGGAAAAAUAUAAUUCCAACGCACCAAACAACACACACACAUCUACACUUAAGUCAACAACAACAUAUAAACAUGUAUUCAACUGCUGCCAUAUUUGGAUAUAAAUCGUCGUGCAUCUCGCUCACCCUAGUGGCAUUGAUAGCCACUUUGAUACAGGUGUGUCGAAGCGCGGACCUUGUGAUAGAAAUCCCGGGAAACCUCGGCGCCGAUGACUCGUACUAUCGGCUCGAUUACUACCCGCCGGUGGGUAACCCGGCGCCGAACGCGACGAUCGCGUCCCGGGACGUCGGCGACGAGAUUCAGUUCUCGAACGGGCUGCCCGGCACCCGGUACAACUUCUGGCUGUACUACACCAACUCGACGCACCACGACUGGCUGACGUGGACGGUGUCCAUAACGACCGCGCCGGACCCGCCCUCGAACAUGUCGGUGGCGGUCCGGUCCGGCAAGAGUGCCACCGUGAGCUGGAGCCCGCCGUCGCAGGGCAACUUUUCGGCGUUCAAGCUGAAAAUCCUCGGCGUGUCGGACAACUUUGUCACGAACCAGACGAUCGCCGUCGAGGAGAGCCAAUUUCAGUACAGCUUGCGCGACCUGACCCCGGGUGCGACCUACCAGGUGCAAGCGUACACCGUGUUCGACGGCAAGGAGUCGGUCGCGUACACCAGCCGCAACUUCACCACAAAACGCUAUCGCCAUAAAGAUCUGUUGGACAUAAAAAUUCUGCGAGAACCCAACACGCCGGGCAAGUUUAUCGUGUGGUUCCGCAAUGAAACCACGCUGCUCGUACUGUGGCAGCCGCCGUACCCCGCCGGAAUCUACACGCACUACAAGGUGUCAAUCGAACCGCCAGACGCACUAGGCAGCGUUCUGUACGUACAAAAAGAGGGCGAACCCCCGGGACCGGCUCAGGCCGCCUUCAAGGGUUUAGUCCCAGGCCGGGCGUACAACAUCUCCGUGCAGACCAUGUCCGAGGACGAAAUCUCACUCCCCACAACCGCCCAAUACCGAACGGUUCCCCUCCGACCGAUGAACGUGACCUUCGACAGAAAGGCCGUUACGGAAAACUCCUUCAAAGUGAUGUGGGAAGCCCCGAAGGGCACCAGCGAGUUCGACAAGUACCAGGUGUCCAUCGCGGCCACGCGACGCCAGCAAGCGGUCCUACGCAACGACAACGAGAACAUGGCCUGGCUAGAGUUCAAAGACAACCUGGACCCCGGCAAAACGUACUCCGUGGUAGUGAAAACCGUCUCCGGCAAGGUCACCUCCUGGCCGGCGAGCGGCGAUGUCACCCUCAAACCGCUGCCAGUGAAGAACCUCUACUCCUACACUGACAGCAAAACCGGCAUCCUCACCAUCUCCUGGGUUCCGGACGAUGCCAGCACGCAGGACGAGUACAAGAUCAGCUACCACGAGCUGGAAACCAACAACGGCGACUCCAGCACGAUGAACACCGACAAAACCACCUUCGCCCUGGAAUCCUUACUCCCAGGCCGAAACUACUCCAUCACCGUACAGGCAAUCUCGAAAAAGAUGGAAUCCAACGAAUCAACCAUCUUCGUCGUAACCCGGCCCUCGUCCCCCAUCAUCGAGGACCUCAAGUCGAUCCGCGAGGGUCUCAACAUCAGCUGGAAGAGCGACGUCAACUCGCGCCAGGAAAAGUUCGAGGUCACCUACACCAGAAACGAUACCAACGACGGCAAAACCGUACUUACCACCGAAUCUAGAUUAGUGUUUACCAACUUAUAUCCGGGAGCGGGCUACGAGGUGAAAGUGUUCGCCAUGAGUCACGGACUGCGCAGCGAGCCUCACUCGUACUUCCAAGCCGUCUACCCCAACCCACCGCGCAACAUGACAAUCGAAAAGGUAACCAGCAACUCGGUGCUCGUCCACUGGAAACCCCCGGAGCGAUCCGAAUUUACCGAAUAUUCCAUCCGGUACCGCACCGAAAGCGAAAAGCAAUGGAUCCGUCUGCCCUCGGUAAAGGCAACGGAGGCCGACGUAACCGAUAUGACGCCGGGCGAGAAGUACACGAUCCAGGUGAACACCGUUAGUUACGGCGUCGAGAGUCCCAACCCCCAGCAGGUGAAUCAAACUGUACGUCCGAAUCCGGUGUCCAACAUUGCCCCGCUGGCUGACUCGAACAACAUUACGCUCGAGUGGCCACGGCCCGAGGGACGGGUUGAAACGUACAUCAUCCACUGGUGGCCCACCGAGUUCCCGGACCAAGUUUCGACCAAAAAUGUUUCCGAGGUUAAUACAAUUCUGCCAUACCCAGGAAGUGGCUUGGGCGACGAAGAGAAACCGGCCGAGGAACUGCCGACGGUGCGAAUCCUCGUCGGCGACUUAAUGUCAGGGGUAAUGUACAACUUUAAGAUUCAAACGGUGUCGUACGGUUUGACCAGCGAUGUGACAAAACUGCAAACGCGCACAAUGCCACUAAUCCAGUCCGAGGUGUUGAUCGUAAACAACGUCCAGAUGCGCGAUACGGUCACGCUGAGCUACACACCGACGCCGCAGCAGUCGUCCAAGUUUGAUCUGUACCGAUUCUCGCUGGGCGACGUGAGCAUUUCCGACAAGGAAAAGCUCGCCAACGAUACGGACCGCAAGGUGACGUUCAACGGGCUGAUACCGGGACGGUUGUACAACAUCACGGUCUGGACCGUCAGUGGAGACGUUGCCAGUCAGCCGAUCCAACGCCAAGAUCGGAUGUAUCCCGACCCGAUAACGGUGCUAAAUGCUGGCAACAUUACCGACACGGAGAUCGUGUUGAACUGGGACAUUCCGAAGGGUGAAUACAACGCGUUCGAAAUCCAAUACCUCAAGAACGACUCGCAUUACGUUCAAAACUUUACCGUAAACAAUCAUAUUACAAUCGCCGAUCUGAAACCACAUCGGAACUACACAUUCACCGUAGUUGUCCGCUCCGGAACCGAAUCCAGCGUGUUGCGCAGCAGUCUUCCAGUUUCGGCCAGCUUCCAAACUAAGGAAUCGGUUCCAGGACGCAUGGACAAAUUCGCACCCGUAGAUAUACAACCAAGUGAGAUCACCUUCGAGUGGUCUCUUCCACCGAACGAACAAAACGGCGUCAUUAGACAAUUUACAAUCACUUACGGCCUCGACGGAUCACAACACACCCAAGCGAAGGACUUUAAGCCGACCGAACUGCGCGGAAUAAUCAAGGGCUUGCUGCCGGGAAAAACGUACAUCUUCCGAAUUCAAGCCAAGACGGCGAUCGGCUAUGGUCCCGAGCAAAUGUGGAAGCAAAAGAUGCCCAUUUUGGCCCCACCGAAACCCGAAACUCAGGUCGUUCCCACCGAGGUGGGCAGCAGCGCGACGACAAUCGAGAUCCGAUUCCGUAAGCAUUACUUUAGCGACCAGAACGGCGUCGUUACGACGUACACCAUCAUCAUAGCCGAGGACGACAGCAAGAACGCUUCCGGCCUGGAGAUGCCCAGCUGGUACGAUGUGCAAUCGUACAGCGUGUGGCCACCGUACCAGGUCAUCGAGCCGUACUACCCGUUCAAGAACAGCUCCGUGGAGGACUUUAUCAUCGGCACCGAGAACUGCGAUACCCGCAAAUCCGGGUACUGCAACGGUCCGCUCAAGUCGGGCACGACGUACAAGGUGAAGGUUCGUGCCUUUACCGCGCCGGACAAGUUCACCGACACGGCGUACUCGUAUCCGAUUCGAACAGCAGGAUUGCUAUCGGUCAAUGCCCAAGACAACACGUCGCUGAUCGUGUCGAUCACGGUGCCGCUGUUCAUCAUCCUGCUGCUCGUCGGCACGAUCGUGUUUCUGCGCCGCCGCCGGCACACCGGCCGCAAAAAGGCCACCGAGCAGCGCGCCAACGACAAUAUGUCCCUGCCGGACAGCACCAUGGAAACGAGCCGUCCAGUACUAGUUAAGAACUUUGCCGAGCACUACCGCAUGAUGUCGGCCGAUUCGGACUUUAGGUUUAGUGAAGAAUUCGAAGAACUGAAACAUGUUGGCCGGGACCAACCUUGCACGUUUGCCGACCUGCCGUGCAAUAGACCUAAGAACCGCUUCACCAACAUUUUACCGUAUGACCACUCUAGAUUUAAGCUGCAACCGGUUGACGACGAGGAAGGUUCGGACUACAUCAACGCUAACUACGUUCCGGGACACAAUUCGCCCCGCGAGUUCAUCGUGACGCAGGGUCCACUGCACUCGACGCGAGACGACUUCUGGCGCAUGUGCUGGGAAAGCAACUCCCGGGCGAUCGUCAUGCUGACGCGGACGUUCGAGAAGGGUCGCGAAAAGUGCGACCACUACUGGCCCCACGAUACCGUACCGGUGUACUACGGGGACAUCAAGGUGACGCUGCUCAACGACAGCCACUACCCGGACUGGGUCAUCACCGAGUUCAUGAUGACGAGGGGUGACACGCAGCGCAUCUUGCGCCACUUCCACUUUACCACGUGGCCCGACUUUGGGGUGCCGAACCCGCCCCAGACGUUGGCGCGCUUCGUGCGGGCGUUCCGCGAACGGGUCGGGCCCGACCAGCGGCCAAUUGCGGUGCACUGCAGCGCCGGCGUCGGCCGGUCCGGUACGUUCAUCACGCUCGACCGAAUCCUGCAGCAGAUACAGGUAUCGGACUACGUCGACAUCUUCGGCAUUGUCUGGGCAAUGCGAAAAGAACGUGUCUGGAUGGUCCAAACCGAGCAGCAGUACAUUUGCAUUCACCAGUGCUUGCUGGUGGUCCUGGAGGGUAAGGAAGGUACCGAGCGUGAAAUUCAUGACAACCCCGGCUACGAAGAACCGGGUGAGCAAGAAGAGGCUUCUGAGGAGCGGCAGCUAAUCGAUGGCCAGGAAGUGGAAGCCAUCGGCGACCAGCUGGUGGAGGCAGCCAGCGCCAGUGAUAUGAUCGAUGACAACGAGGAGGAGCAGCACAAAGAGGGCGAGGCUGAGCAGCAGCAGCAGGAGGCACAAAUAGCACAGAGCAAUACUUUAAGCAACAGCAGCAGGACUGACGAUGCCAAAGAUAAUAAUACAAAUCAUUGCCAAGAAACAGAGGUGAUAGCCGUCGAAGUACAAGCAUACACUAGAAGUAACAGUAGAGAGGCAGCGGCAGCUGAGGAAUCGGCUGAGAAUAGCAAUGAGACAAGCCGCGAGGACAGUGGCAGCAGCAGCAGUGGGGGGCAGUUGAUCGAAUCUGUCGAACCAAAAUCGGAAGGUAUUAACAACAGUGAGCAGCAGCAGCAGCAACAACAGCAGCAGUCAAUUGGCAAUAAGCUAUGGAAGGAGGAAAGAUGACAGUUGGAGAACGAUAGCGAUAACAGGAGCAGCGGUCGAAGCAGCAUCGUUAUCGCUAUCAACGACGACAGCCACGGGGCAAACAGUGCGCACAUGGCCGAGGAUCGCAAGGACGACGAAACGGAAAUCGACGUCGG